AGGAGAAAGAAUAGAGGCCACUGCGAAACAGAAAAAAUGAAAAAGAAAAGUUAUUCUGGCCGUAGGAUUGCUUGUGAUCACCGGCUCUGAUUGUUUUUCCUCUCUUAGAUCCAUCUCUCCUCCAUUUUUCUCAUCUCUUCGUUUGGUCGUCUCUUUAAUUGGCUACCAAAACCUCAUAUUAUUAGCCUCCACUGAUAGAUAAUCGGUGUUUUGCUUCACGAGUAGGCUGUUGAGGUAUUCAAAUGCAGUCCCCUACUGAAAAAGAUUUUGUUAUGUUGAAAAGGGAAGCUACCGAAUUGGCUGGGUCAAGUUUUACGAGUCACAUGGAUAGUACUUUCCAAGAUGGUGUAGAUGCUGCUGCUUCUGCUUCGUCAUCUUCAGAUGAUGACUCUCAGGUGACACACAAUGAAGAUGAUUUAUAUAAUGGUGAUGCUUCUAAACAGUUAGUGCUCUAUGAUCCUGCUGUCAGUAGAGUUGGUUGCAUGCCUCCUAGACCUAUUCAGUGCCGACCUUCUGCAAGUCCAAGAUUUUCUUCAUCAAAACUAUUGCCAUCUGUUGGGGCUUUCACUGUCCAGUGUGCCAAUUGUUUUAAAUGGAGGCUUAUACCAACAAAGGAAAAGUAUGAAGAAAUACGAGAACAUAUUUUAGAAAAUCCCUUUGUUUGUGAAACAGCUCGUGAAUGGCGGCCUGAUGUCUCUUGUGAUGAUAGAGCGGAUAUCUCUCAAGAUGGAGGCCGGCUUUGGGCAAUUGAUAAACCAAACAUCGCUCAGCCUCCUCCAGGCUGGCAAAGGCUUCUACGAAUAAGAGGUGAAGGAAGUACCAGAUUCGCAGACAUCUACUAUGAAGCACCAACAGGAAAGAGACUGCGGUCAAUGGUGGAAGUGCAAAAGUACUUGAUUGAACAUCCUGAGUAUGCAGAAGGAGUAAACUUGUCUCGAUUUUCAUUUCAGAUUCCCAAGCCUUUACAGGAAGACUAUGUGAGGAAGCGCCCUGCCCGUCAGACAGCCUCGCAUGAUAAUGAAGUGAAUCCACUAGUUUGGGCUGGUCAGGACGACACAGAAAUGCAGCAGGGGCGCCUUGCACUUCCACCUCCUGGUGCUGAGGUCUCUGUUCCUGAUUCACAUAAUCGGCCAGCAAAGCAGGCUAGGAGAACCCCAUCAGAACAGAUGUACCUAAGCAAGCAUGGUAGCAAGGUAGAAAAGGCCAGUCCGUCGAGUAAUAACAAUUAUGAUCAAUGAGACACGGACCAUAUCGGUUAUUGUCGGACUAUUUUGUUCUCAUCUUUAAAAGGCUCUAGAACGCUAUGCGGAAGUUAAAAGGUUGGAUAAUAGCUUUUUGUUUUAGUAAGGAGUAAUGGGAGAUUGGGUGUUCUAGAGCAUGUUUUUUGGGGAAAUAUGUUGGGACUAAACUAGAAAUCACGACAUUGUAUUUAUGUAAGACGCAAGAGGAACCUAGUCAUACAAACUAUACAUGUAUGAAGGGGCAUUUUGAUUAUUCUUU